UUUAAUACUCAAGCUUGUUAAAGAGACGCGUUUCCUGCUGUACUGUGCAAUUAGUGGCCAGAGUUUACUAGAACAAUUGUCAACGUCUAAAACUCGGUAAUCCUCCGUAAUAGCUGCAAUUGAUUUUCUCAUUAUGAAGUGCCUAAGUUGAUCUUGAAUAAUGUAUUGUGAUACACCCUCUUCAUACAGGAAGAAUGUUUGCCCCUUUGGUUUAUAUUGAUUGGCUGUAAAUGUAGCCUUGAAAGGAAUGCCAAACGCCAUUAAAGUCGAUGAUUUAUGAAAUACGUAUACGUAACCUAUAAAACUCUUCAGUCAAGUCCGGAGUGUACGCGUCAUUUCUAGAUAGCUGGAGUACAUCGAUCAGCCAUGAACAAGUCUGCAACUUUUGCGUUUCUCCUCGGGAUCCUCAUAGUCUCAGCUGUCCCUGGAUACAAGGGAAAUCUUAAUCAAACGCAAGGUUUCAACGCAACCAACGCAACCGAUGCAACCCAAGAUCUCAUAACAACAGCUUCCAACGCAACUCAAGGAUCUACAACUACUGGUUAUUUCAACUCGACUCAAAUACCCACGCCCUCUAUCAGUGUUGCUCCUACCAACUCCAGUUUGCCAAUGAGGUGCAGCAGAAAGACUGUUCUACUCAAUAAGAAAUCGAAAGGUAGAAUCAGGUCCCCAAACCACCCUAACAACUAUGACACAAAUCAAGUGUGCACUUGGAAAGUACAAGUACGUCGUGGAUUCCUCGUCAAGGCCCGUUUCCGAUCAAUUGAUCUUGAAAAUUCAGAUGAAUGCAAAAAGGACAGAGUGGUGCUGUCCAGUUCAAAACAGUUUCGAGAUCCACACAUACACUGCGGAAGUGUAGAACCAUUCAGAUUCAUAUCCAAAAAAAACAUUCUCUGGGUUCGAUUUUACUCUGAUCACUCAGUCACUGGGAAGGGAUUCAUCAUAACCUACAGUGCAAUUGAUGAAAACGAGUGCGAUAUGGAGAUGUGCACAUUUCCCACGCUGUGUAGAAACACGGUUGGAAGUUUUGAGUGUGACUGCCCUAAAGGUUACGAUAACAAAGGACCAAAGCAGAAGGCGACUUGCGUGGACACAAAUGAAUGCAAGAUUAAUAAUGGAGGUUGCCAACACAAGUGCGUUAACACGGGGGGAAGCUAUUAUUGCAAGUGCAGAAAAGGCUAUAAACUAGCUCCGGACGGGAAAAGGUGCAGAGCAGAUAGAAACGUGUGUACUAAGGACAAUGGAGGAUGUUCCCACUUCUGCAUUAACAUGAGAUCCUCGUACCGCUGCGCAUGCCCAUCGGGAUAUGCGCUGAACACAAAGAGAAAAACAUGUUAUCGUGAAAUUUCCUUUGCUAAUGACCAAUACAUGGUGAAAGUGAGUGAAAGUGCGCAGCGUAACACAGUGGUUACUAAACUACAAGCAAGAACUUUCCCUGAAAGACGCAUCAUCAGUUACGCUCUAUUGUCGGAGAACCUCAAGGAACCUACGGUUUUUAAAAUCAACUCAAGAACUGGAGAAAUUAUUCUUAGAAAAAGGCCCAACAUAAGCGAAAUGCGAACUUUCCUGCUUGAGAUUGAAGCUAGCAGCUUUGAUGGAACGAAGCAAAGAUCAGCUAAGGCAUUUGUACUCAUUAACUUUUCAAAAGUUCAAAGCCGCGGGGGCUCUCUGUCUUUUACGCAUGCGUCUCUUUACAUCAGGGUUCCUUGUAACACGCCAUCUAAUACGACCGUUUAUCGCGUUCAGACCAAAAACACAGGGAGGGGAGGUGGUGUUCGAAUCAGCUUUCAACGAAAAUUAGAUCACUUUUCGAUCACCGGGGGAGGAAAAAUUAAGACUCAAAGAAGUCUCCGACCGUUUUGUGAUGUUACUCCUUCAAAGACAUUUCGAACAUAUGUUGCAGCCCGUGACAGCUCAGACGUAAAACGAAAUGCGCAUGCUUUGCUGCGGAUCGAGAUAACACCACCAAUACUACUGCCUUAUACUGGAAAUAGAAGGUAACAGUGAAAAAGGCGUACAUGCGCCUCACCGCUCAUUCUCCUCCGCGCGGAAAAUAACCACGACAGGAUAGAAACAGCCUCACUGGCUUUCACUGGUGUUAGUCACGAGAAGUGGUUUAUCACCGGGCAAUUACGGAAUGCAUACCCACCUGGCAAAAGAAUCAUGAAAAAGAACUUAUAUUAAUGGCCACGCUAUACAAAAGACGUUGUAACGUAGAAAGAUUUUUUUGUAACUUAUCGUAUCUCAGCGAAUCUACAAUAAAAUUGUGGAAAGGACAAUACAGCAGGACGAUGAAUCCAAGCCGAUGUUUAGAAGGUCAAACAGAGAUACGAUCAGUUGUAGGCGUGAAAAAUGGCGCUUAAUUUUAUAUUAACAAAAUGAACAAAGAGGGUUUUAAAACAAAAGACUAGCAAAUAUCUAGUAUGCUUCAUUUUCAGAAGUUUGAAAUGUCAAUUAAAUUCAAACUAGAAGCACACGCUAUGGCUUAAUGUUGCCUGAGCCAUGGAGAACACAUUAAUAAAAGAAGAUAUUUCAUGUUUUUAUUGA